AUGAAGAUGUCUUUGUCCGUCAAGCUUGCGGCUCUCGCUCAGUCGCUCUUCGUGCUCGCUGCACUCGCUACGCCGAACCCUAUUGCUGGUACUUCUAACAUCGCCGUUCGUGAUCCCGCUAUUUGGCACAACUCGGACAACGGGAAAUACUACCUCUUCGCCACCGACGGUAACAUUGGAACCUGGACUUCCACCUCGCUCGCUGGCCCCUACACCUACGUCGGUGCUGUUCUUCCCGACUGCUCCAGCAUCAACUUGAGCGGCAACUGCGAUCUCUGGGCUCCCGAUGUCAACUACUACGACGGCCAGUACGUCCUGUACUACUCCGUCUCGACCAUCGGCUCGCAGAACUCCGCCAUCGGCGUCGCCACUUCGUCCUCCAUGGACCCCGGUACCUGGACCGACCACGGCGAGGUCAUCAGCUCUGCCGCGGGCGACGUCUACAACGCCAUCGACCCUAACUUGAUCGACUGGAACGGCCUCAAGCUCUCCUUUGGCUCGUACUGGCAGGGCAUGUACCAGAUCGGGCUCUGGCCCGACGUCGCCACCCAGGCCUCCGCGCUCCCCGGCACGCAUCUCGCCGGCGGCAACGGCCGCGCGGCUGAGGGUGGCUUCACAUACAAGUCCGCCGCGUCCGACUACUACUUCUUCUUCUUCUCCGCCGGCAUCACGCCGCUCUCUGGCUCGUCGAGCCGCCCGGCGGCGGGCGACGAGUAUAAGGUGCUCGUUGGGCGCGGGGCGGGCGGGAUGGGCCCGUAUUAUGAUGCGAAUGGUGCCGAGCUUACUGCGGACAAUGCUGGUACGCUUGUGCUCGGCAGCCACGAUAAUGUGUAUGCUCCUGGUGGUCAGAGUGUGUUCCUCGAUCCUAUCAGCGACCGGGACGUUAUCGUUUAUCACUACGAGCUUUACGAUGGCGCGAUUGGCGGGCCGUCGUAUCUUGGUAUCAACUACCUCGACUUCAGCUCUGGGUGGCCUGUUGUCGUCAGCUAG